CAGUCUUUGUUAAGCCAAUCCCUAGUGAUCAUAGAAAUUUAAUGAACAAAAAUAUAUUUGUCAAUAUUUUCAAUUUUGUAAAUCCAAUAUUAUUUUUAAUUAAUUUUCAUAAAUAUAAUAUAUUCAUAAGACAACAAAAAAAAAUAUAUAAUCGAAUAAAAAAAUUACUACAAAAUAAAUAAGAAAACAAAAAAAAAAAAAAAAAAAAUAUGAAGCAAAAUUUUGUUAAAAAACCACUGCCACCAGAUGGCGGAUGGGGAUGGGUCAUUUGCAUCGGCUGCAGUUUAAUUACGUUAUCCCUAAGGUCUCUGGAUCCAUCGUUUGGUUUACUAUUUGGCGAUUUAUUACGAGACCUAAAAAUCGAUUCAACAAGAACUUCCUUAAUAAUGAGUGUUCUUGACGCUAAUAUUAAUUUUUCAGGACUUUUUGUUGGCUAUCUAUUAUCUAAAUAUUCUUAUCGAAAAGUUGCAUUUUUUGGUGCAUUGUUAAAUAGUACGGGUCUUAUUUUGACCUCACAAGCCAAUAGUCUCACUCAUAUUGUUUUAACUUAUAGUAUUAUAGGAGGUAUAGGUACAGGAUUAGCGCUCGCGUCAUCUUUCGUAGCAUUAAAUAGUUUUUUUGUUAAAAAAAGAGGACAAGCAUUAGGUUUUUCAAUGGCAGGCACAACUAUGGGAAUGAUGUUAAUGCCACAAAUCGUGCAUAUUCUUUUAGAAAUUUAUGGAUUCAGAGGUACAACUUUAAUUAUUGGUGGAAUUUCUUUGCACUCAUUAAUUGGUGCCUGUCUUUUAACUCCAGUUCCUCGUAAAAAAGUUGAAGAAAAGUUAUCCGAAAGUGAAAAUUCAUUUUCGGAUGAAAUUGCCGAGACAUCAAAGGAAAAUGAACCGUUAUUAAAUGAAAAUAAAGAAAAAACAACAACAAUUCAAAUACCACUUGAAACAACAAAUAAAAAUGGUUCAUUGAAAUUAAAUGAAAAUUUAACAACAAAUCAUUAUGAAACAAGGGGUGAAUUAUUAAAUCAAAAAAAAUCUUUUGUAAAAAAAAUUAAAAAUUUUUUUGGUCUCCAUUUAUUGUCAGAUCCAACAUUACUCAAUAUUAUGAUUGGAGUGAGUUUAUUUUAUGUUGCUGAAACAAAUUUUAAAUUAUUUACACCAUUCUUCUUGUUUAGUGUCGGAAUGACGAAAAAGGAAGUUGCAUUUUGCCUCUCGCUCACUGCAUUUAUGGACGUUUUGGCUCGACUUUUACUUCCAACCCUCUUCGACAAGUUGGGAUUUAAGAAACGCACGACUUUUUGGAUCUGCGCUUUAUUCAUUGGACUCGGUCGUUCAGUAUUCGCCGAGGAAUCGAACAAUAUAGCUUUAAUAGUGACUUUAGUAAUUGUAGGAUUUUUGCGUGGGGCAUCAAUUGUAAAUAUGAAUUUAACAAUAUCGGAACAAUGUACCUUGGAAAUGUUGCCUCACGCUUAUGGAAUAUUUAUGGUGUUCAAAGGCUGUUUUGUUGUAUUUUUAAGUCCCGCAAUUGGAUUCGCUAGAGAUUUAACAGGCAGCUAUCGAAUUUGCAUUCAUUUAAUGUCAGCAGUGAUAUUUUUCUCAAUUUCAAUAUGGGGCGUUGAAUAUGUUUACAGAAAAAUAAAAAAUCUUAUAAAAAAGAAGGAGGCAAAUUUCUCUGACUACAAUAAAAAUUAUAGAACAUUCCAGUGAUAAAUUAAAAAUAUUAUAUUUAGAGAUUAUUAUUAUUAUUAUUGUAAAAAUUAAUUAUUUACAAAUUCGACUGUUUAGUUUUAAAAUCAAUCGCUUAUUAGUUUUGUAUAUUUGUUUGACAUGUUUUUUU